AUGGGGAUCCUGUAUUCAGAGCCUAUUUGCCAAGCAGCUUACAAUGGUGAAAUCCACCAGGUGUACCAGCUGAUAAAGACUGAUUCCAAAAAUGUCAAUGUUCAGGAUAAAGUAUUUGGAGACACGCCUCUAAUAGCUGCUUGUAAAAGUGGGCAUGUCAGGAUUGUCAAAUACCUUUUAGAAGAAAAUGCUGAUGUAUCCUUGAGAAACAAGAAAAGAAGGACGUGCUUGCACUAUGCUGCAAAAAGGACAUUUUCCUUCGUGGAUUAUCUAAUGAUUGUUAUUCUCAUGCCGAUCCUGCUGAUUGGAUAUCUAAUAAUGAUUGAAAAACAGAAGAAGCUUGUGGAUUUGAUGGAGCUGAUGUUAAGUAAUAAUGUGGACAUUAAUGCUGUAGACUAUAAAGGAAACACAGCUCUUCACUACGCCUGUCGGUGUAAAAGUCACCGAAUCAUUUCUCUGUUGUUGAGGGAAAAUGCAAAUAUAUCAGUAAAGAACAACGAUGGUGAAACACCAUUUGAUAUUGCGCAGAGAUUAAAAUUCCAAAAAGUUGUAGCAAUGCUGCAAAAAUCAGAAUGA